AUGGCCAAGGACAGGGUGGAGGAUGGAAGAGUGGUGUUUCUGCUGUCCAUCGCCCUGUUGCUGCCCUGGGCACAUAGCUCCCUGGCAUUGACAUGUGGUCAAACAAUACACACCCAAACUGAAAAACCAAAAGUUUCAAAAAUCAUAGGCGGGGAGCCUGCAGCCAUCACAGAGUUCCCGUGGCAGGUGAAUAUUUUUGACCAAGGGAGACAUCUCUGUGGAGGAUCGAUUCUCAAUGAGUGGUGGAUUCUGUCUGCGUCCCAUUGCUUUAUAAACAAAAAUAUAUCUACCUUGGAGAUCAUACACGAAAACAGAAAUGAUAUCACCAUGAACUUGACAAGGAUAAAAGUGGACAAGCUAAUUACUCACCCCCAUUUUGACAGCUGGAUCUUGGAUAAUGACAUCGCUUUACUCUUGCUCCAAUCCCCAUUUAACUUGAGUGUCACCAAAGUUCCCAUCUGCCUUUCAGAAGUCACUGACAUACAUAGAUGGAGAAACUGCUGGUUCAGUGUUCCUCUGGGAGGUGUGCAUCAAGAGCUGCAGAAAGUCAACAUCCAGCUGGUCAAAUGGAGAAAGUGCUCCAAUAUUAUGCCUAUGGUCACCAGGAACAUGCUGUGUGCUGGGAACGCUCAUGGUGGGAAGGAUGCCUGCCAGGGUGACAGUGGGGGACCUCUGGUUUGCCAGAAAAAGGACAAAAACAUAUGGUACCAGCUGGGCAUUGUCAGCUGGGGAGUGGGCUGUGGCCGGAAGAAUGUGCCUGGAGUGUACACGAAGGUGGCUAAUUACCUUGUAUGGAUUAAUGUGGAGACCAACCUGUCAGGAAGGCCCUACAUGCAUGAGUCAGACUCUGGGUACAGUUUGCUUCUAUCACCAUCGCCCAUCUUGUUACUCUAUUUUGUGAUGCUUCUAUUAACACUGUGA